AUGGCGCAUCUCGAAACCAAACCAGAGGAGCUUCACCUGGAGCGUCUUGCCACUGCGGAAGAUGACCAGAACGACCUCAAGCUCGUUGGCGACAAUGCCAACGAAGCCUCGCUCGACUCCAAUAUGUCGUUCGGGCAGACCGUCCGCCUGUACUGGAAACCACUCCUCAUGUGCCUCGGUACAGCGGUCUGCGCCAUGGGGGACGGAUACCAGUUCAAGAUGCCGGGUAACAUAGUCGCGCUGCGUGGAUUCAUUGAUCAAAUGGGCUCCCCGAACGCUGCGGGUGUAAAUGUCCUCAACCCUCAACACGUUGCUAUCUGGGGAGGCGCGUAUGUCGGUGCUCAGAUGCUCUUCCUACUCGUCGGCAACUGGCCUAUCGACUACUUUGGUCGGCGACCCAUGUUGUGGUUGACCCAGAUUCUCAUGCUCGCGGCGGCCAUCAUCGAGCUUUUCGCCACCAACUGGACUCAUUGGCUGGGUGCCAAGAUUCUCAACGGCAUGUCUGUCGGAUGCAACGUCUUGAGCGCCACCACCUACAUCUCCGAAAUCGCCCCCACUCGAGCUCGUGGAGCUGCUCUGGCUCUCUACCAACUCUUCUGGGCCAUCGGAUCUUUCGCUGCCGCCGUCGGGCUCCAGGUCGUAUCCACCAUGCCCGUCGACAAAUGGCGCCAUGCGGUCUACUCCAUGUUCUUCUUCCUCGGUUGCGCCUUCUUGAUCCUCGUCUGGCUGCCCGAGUCGCCGCGUUUCUACGCCUCUCGCGGUAACCACGAGAAGGGACUUCGCACACUCAAGCGGAUCAACGGCAGCGUGCCAGGCUACGACGCCGACCACGAGUACGGUAUCAUCCUCAAGGAGUUGGAGGACGGCAAGGUCUUGCUGGACAAACAGAAGGGAGCAAAUGUGCUUGACUGCUUCCGAGGGACCAACCUGCGACGCACCAUGAUCUCUUUGACUCCAAUCAUGGGUCAACUCUGGUUCGGCUCGCCGGUCCUGUUCACCUACACGGCUUAUUUCUUCCAGCUCGCAGGUCUUGCUCAACCUUUCCUCGGAACUGUGGCUGUCAAUUCCGUCUUGGUCGGCUUCGUUCUCAUCUCUUUGGUCACAACGGAGAAGCUCGGUCGUCGACCGCUCUUGGUUUACUCGGGCCUGCUCAUGCCUCCUUUGCUUUAUGCCACUGGAGGUCUCAUGCGAGCUCCGGCCAGCACGGCCGCAGGUCAAGGUCUCAUUGCUCUCGCCUGCAUCUGGGUUGCGGUCUACGCGUCAUCCGUCGGCCCGCUGGCCUACGUCUACUUGGCCGAAACGUCCACAAUCACUCUCCGCGGCAAGACCGUAUCGAUGGGUCUCUUCCUCCAGAACUGCGGCAGUCUCGUCACCAGCUACUGCACGCCUCUCAUGCUCGCCAGCCCUUCUUUCGGUGUUUCGUCUACACUCUUCUUCUACGCGUCCACGGGUGUAGUCUUCACUGUCCUCAUCUACUUUGUCGUGCCUGAGACCCGGAACCGGUCCUACGUUGAGCUCGACGAGAUGUUCGAGGCCAAGGUCCCGGCGAGGCACUUUGACAAGUACAGCACCUCCAUCGACAGGUCCAAGCAGUCUGCGGUCAACUCCCAGCAGGUCUGA